AGGUGCCCGGCGGCUUCGAGACGGUGCUGCUCGACGAGGCGGCGCAGGCCACCGAGCUCGCCGCCCUCGUCCCCAUGUCCCUCGGCGCGCGGCUCGUCUGCCUCGUCGGAGACCCGCGCCAGCUGCCGGCGACCGUCCUCUCGGAGGCUGCGAAGCGGAGAGGCUACGCCCGCUCUCUCUUCGAGCGGCUCGAGCAGCUCGGCCGCCCCGUGCUGAUGCUAUCCACGCAGUACCGGAUGCACGGCGCGAUCCGCCAGUUCCCGUCGCUCCACUUUUACGGCGGGCUGCUGCGCGACGCCCCCUCGAUCACGCACAUGAUGCGCCAGUGCCCCGGCACCGAGGGAGGCGCGCCCUCCUACCUCAGCGGCGCAGCCGGCUGCCAGCCGGAGCGGCGAGCCGGUGGCGGCGGCGCCGUCGGUCGGCUGGUCGCACUCGAACGAGGGAGAGGCGGCGGUCUGCGUCGGCCUCCUCCUCGCGCUCUGGAUGCGGCAGGCGCGGCAGCCGCACGGCUGGGGCGAGCUGUACAAGCGCGUCCUCCGGCUCACGCCGUACACGCGCCAGCAGAGGGUGCUGCACAGCCUGCUCGACCGGGUGUGCGAGGCGCUCGGCUUACCGGCCGACUGCGUCCUCGUCUCGUCGAUCGACGCCUUCCAGGGGCGCGAGGCGGACGUCGUCAUCCUCUCGUGCGUGCGCGCCGGCCCGAAGCAGGCCUCCAUCGGCUUCCUCAAGGACGAGCAGCGCCUCAACGUCGCACUCACGCGGGCGAGGCACGCGCUGUACGUCGUCGGCGCCGAGGAGUCGCUCUCCGACGGCUCGAGGGACUGGCGCGCGCUGCUGGAGGACGCGCGCCGGCGCAGCUGCCUGUGCAGCCUCGGGCUGGCGCGCCAGGCUGCAGAGGCGGCCAGGGCGGCGCGGGAGGCCGCAGGGCCGGCCCGGGCGGCGAGGGGCGCUGCGGAGGCGGCGGCGGGCAGGCUGCGUCCGCAGGCGGAGAUGGCGGCGCAGGCGGCGCGGGAGGCGGCGGCGAGUGAGCUCAGGCAGGUGUCGAACCAGUUCAAGCGGCUCGCCGAGCUGCUCCUGGCCAAGAUCCCGGAGACCCUCCUCGACGGCACGCGCGAAGGGGACGCCGCGCCGCGGCCGCCCCAGCUGACCGAGCUGCUGCCGCUGCCCGGCCGCCCCGGCCUCAACUCGCCGCAGAGGACGCCACUGCGAGCUUAGGCCUUGCUGCGUUUUUGCUACGUACUAGAAAAGGGUGAGUGCGCACGACACGAAAGUGCCCACUCUUAC